GCAGCUAAAGAAUGUGUGGAGAACAUCACUCUUUGAAACACUUCGAAUUGAUAAGAUCAUUGACCAUCUCAGGGAGGGGGAGGAGAAGACAUCGAGAAGAAUGAAAACUCAGGGACCUAUUAAUCCUACCAAAUCAAAACAUCUUGAUCACACCCAACGUUCCAAUGAAGUUCUUCCUUGAAUAGAUCGACACCCUUCCUAAUACUCCUCUAGGCCCAAGAUAGGGAGCUUAACAUCGUUGGCUAUAGACAUAGACACAACGCAUAAAAUUGAUUUUUAUUUGAAGAAAUAAAACUGAGAAGAAAGGGUCAGACUGAGACAAAAACGCAAAUUUCAUGCUUUAAUUUCAAUAUUAUAAAAACAACUAUUAAAAGUCUCCUUCUCUUACUUUGUGUUUUUUCUUUUCCUUUUCAUUUCAUAUUCUCUCUCUCUUUCUCUCUCAUUUUUUUUCCAUUUUCAUCGUUAAACACCUGAAAAUAAUUUCUUUACUGUUUUCUGGUUUUUAUUUUAUCUGAUUUAUUAUUUCCAGCCAUUUCUGAUUUUUCAACCGUUAUUUUAUAUAAUUUGAUUACAGUUGGACGUUUGGAUUUGCCAGUUGAAUCAUCGGCUUCCUCUCAAGUCAAUGUAGCUGCGUUUUUCUCCUUAAUUAUGUUUUCCGUUUCAAAAUUUUGGGGAUUUUGUUAUCAAUUUCAAACUGUGUUGUUGAUGAAGUUGGAUAUGAAUCUCUAAUUUUCCCUUUGAUUUUUUAGCUUUUUUUCUUCAAAAGAUUUCAUUUUUCUUCUUCUUUUGGUCAAAAUCUCAGCCCCCCCCCCCCUUUUUUUUUGUUGAUCUGUUGGAGGCUUGGAGUUGUCAAUUUAGUAAAUCCCUUGAGCUUUUGAAGAUAGUGUUUUGUUUUUGUUUGGCUUGAGAAUGGAUAAUGUGAUUGGUGGUAAGUUCAAGCUUGGAAGAAAGAUUGGCAGUGGCUCUUUUGGAGAGCUUUAUUUAGGGGUAAAUGUGCAAACUAAAGAGGAAGUUGCUGUCAAACUGGAAUCUGCAAAGACCAAGCAUCCACAGCUUCAUUACGAGUCAAAAUUGUAUAUGCUUCUUCAAGGAGGAACGGGUAUUCCGCACCUCAAGUGGUUCGGAAUUGAGGCAGAUUACAAUGUCAUGGUAAUUGACCUUCUUGGACCUAGUUUGGAAGAUUUGUUCAACUACUGCAACCGGAAACUUUCAUUAAAGACGGUGUUGAUGCUUGCUGAUCAGUUAAUUAAUAGAGUAGAAUAUAUGCAUUCAAGAGGUUUUCUUCACCGUGACAUAAAGCCUGACAACUUCUUGAUGGGCCUAGGACGCAAGGCAAAUCAGGUGUAUAUCAUUGACUAUGGUCUUGCGAAGAAGUAUAGGGAUCUUCAAACUCAUAAGCACAUCCCGUAUAGAGAAAACAAAAACCUCACAGGCACUGCUCGUUAUGCAAGUGUUAACACUCACCUUGGAAUUGAGCAAAGCCGCAGAGAUGAUUUGGAAUCCCUUGGUUAUGUGCUUAUGUAUUUCCUGAGAGGAAGCCUUCCCUGGCAGGGGCUAAAAGCUGGCACGAAAAAGCAAAAAUAUGAUAAGAUUAGCGAAAAGAAAGUGUCGACUUCUAUAGAGGUGCUCUGUAAGUCAUAUCCAUCUGAGUUUGUCUCAUAUUUUCACUACUGUCGUUCUUUGCGGUUUGAAGAUAAACCCGAUUAUUCCUAUCUGAAGAGGCUUUUCCGAGACUUGUUUAUAAGAGAAGGUUAUCAGUUUGACUACAUCUUUGAUUGGACCGUAUUAAAGUACCCACAGAUCGGUGGCAGCUCCCGAGUGCGGCAUUCCAGUGGAAGAGCAGGUUUAGCUGCAGGAGCAGCCAUUGAAAAACCCGAAAGAAUCUCAGUGGGAAGAGAGAUUCGGGAUAGAUUCUCCGGUGCGGUUGAAGCAUUUUCUAAGAGAAAUGUUUCAAGUCCUAGUCCUCGUCGUGAUCAUUCUAGACACAAGACUGCUGAGGGUGUAACCUUGUCAAAGCAUGUGCACCCAGAUUCAGAUAAAAGAUGCAGUUCUUCUCGAUAUGGUAGCACUUCAAGGAAAGCUGUAGUAACAAGCAGGCCUGGUUCAUCCAGUGAACCCAAUGACAUUCCGCAAAACCGACAGGUUUCAAGUAGCAGUCGCAUGUCUACCACACAAAGACUCCUUGCCUUCGAGUCGAAAACAUCCAACCGUUCGGCCACUGUUAAAGGUAGCCGUGAUAAUCACCCUCUUCGAAGUUUUGAGCUCCUCUCGUUAAGGAAAUGAUGGAGAAGAUUAUCAGUUGCAAGCUGAUGUUUUUAAUAACUUACAAUCUCAAUUGUAGACGUUUUAUUCUCACCAACAUCUUUCAAAAAAUUUAUUCGUGAAAUUUUUUGAAUUGAAUUAUUAGAUUAAUUCUCUUUUUUGGUUUA